AUGAAUAAUAUUCUAAACGCACAACGACUUUUGCAAUUAUACCAAUUCAACCCUAAGUUGAAAGAUAUAUGGUACUUGACUGCGGCUGCUACAUUUAGCGUAGCCAACCAACCUCAGGAGAUUCCUAAAUUAUACCAUUAUGCAAUGCUUUUAAGUAAUGAAGAUUCGUACAAAUACCGUGUUACUUUGGCUUAUAAAACCAUAGAACUAUUAUCAGAACAACCCCAGAAGAGGAUAAAUAUGAUAAAUGAGAUAUAUGAAAAUCCUACAGAUUUGCAACGACAAGUAUCUGCUCGAUUUAGAGAGACUUUAUUAAAGACUGGUGCUUUAGCUGGGUUACCAAGAGCCAUUAAUGGUUUACAUACUUUAAAAGAAUAUACUCCAAAAUCUUUAUUGCCUGAGGCUAGUAAUAUAGAUCCAUGGAAUGCUGCAAUGGGGGGAGAAGAUCCAUGUCCCCAAAUCUUUACCCAACGUGAACAGAUGAGACAUACAGAGAAUAUGAAUGAAGUGAUGCGCCGUGGGUUAGAUCAAUGGAAUAUGAUUUAUAACAAAGUAAGUAAUAGGGUGGUAAACAAUUUAAAUUCUUCUUAUCCAGAUCUUUGGUAUUUUACACUAAUGCAUGUAUACGGUCCAUUAUUUUCCUUUGAUUCUAUCCUAUCUAAACAAGAAACAAGUUUGGUUGUAAUUUCAUCUCUAGUACCACAGGAUGUCAAUCCUCAGUUGCGUGGUCAUCUGAAAGGCGCUUUAAAUGUAGGUUGUGAUUAUGACACGGUAGAAGCAGUGAGAAGAUUGUCAAUUUUAGUUUCUCAAUGGUGUGAUAUUAAGUGGAGAGACGGUAUAAUUGGACUAUUACCACCAAAAUCUAAAUCACAAUCGAAUGGUCGUACAUAA